AUCGUACUGAGUUCACCCCUACAAGUCGAAACUCCCAUCUUAAGCAAUCUGUACGGUUACGGUGCCCUUCUCCCUCACACCCAAGUUUAGACCCAACUUUACUCUUCUCGUCUGGAGCUUCAAAGCUACCAGCAACCAGUCCUUCCAUUUAUAGUAAGGGUCUCUAUACCCGUGUACUUUUAUCGCUUGCAAAAUAUAAGCUUGUGGGUCGUUAUUUUUUUGCUUCAGAUAGACUAGGAAAUAGUUUCUUGCUUGGUGCAAAAUCACAACAAUUUGAUGAACUGUAAUUGUUCUUGGGUUCUUUGUCAAAAAGACUGAACCUUGGUGGGUGAGAAAAGCCAAUUUGAGUUUUAGUUCUUUGUGGGGGUGAUUUGAUCUUUAGGGAAGUUGUUGGGAGGUAAAAUUUUGAAUUUGAGUACUUAUUUGUUCGUCAUUUUUCCUUUUCUCCCAUUGGAUUUCCCCAUCUGGGCUUUGUUCAUUUAUUGUUUCUCAAGAAACCUUAAUUGUCUGAUUGUCUCCCUCACAAAUGUAAAAGGGACCCAAAGAGAAAAAAAAUCUGUUUCUUUUGUCGGUGGAGCUAUGAGAAACCAAGAACAAUAGCUCUGUUCAGACAUCCUUUUAAGACUCAGGACAAAGCUGUCUGAUUUUUUUUCUUGUUUUUUUUUNUAUUAGCUUUAGAAAACAAUGACAAUGAGGAAAAGUUUGAAUCUUUACUCAGGAAAGAUAUUAACCGACCAAAGGUGGAAAAUACCCUUCUUUGUCAGUUUGCUUGUGUUGAUCACACUAAUUACUGCCGCCUUUUUUAUGCUACGCGUGUCUCCUUAUGCCCAAAAUCUACCCCAACUCGGUAUUGCUCCUUUAGUCCGCCAAAACAGCUCUGAAGCUGUUUUUAUCGAACCCGAAUUGAGAAAAUCGUUAAAAUCAGUCGAGGCCUCGGAAUUGGAGCCUCCGAGGCUCGCUUAUUUAAUUUCAGGCACGAAAGGCGAUAGCAAGAGGAUGAUGAGGACUUUGCAGGCCGUUUAUCACCCUAGAAAUCAGUACAUUCUUCACAUGGACCUUGAGGCUCCGCCUAGGGAAAGGCUGAACCUGACAAUGUGGGUGAAGAAUGAGCCGACUUUUAACGAUGUGGGAAAUGUGCGCGUGAUGACUCAGUCGAAUCUUGUGACAUAUAAGGGCCCCACUAUGAUUGCUUGCACACUUCAAGCCAUAGCUAUUUUAUUGAGAGAGAGUUCGAGCUGGGAUUGGUUUAUUAAUUUGAGUGCUUCUGAUUAUCCGCUCGUCACACAGGAUGAUCUGCUAUAUGUUUUGUCCAAUGUGUCGCGAAAUCUCAAUUUUAUCGAGCUUAUGCAGAUAGUGGGGUGGAAAAUAAAUCAGAGAGCAAAGCCUAUUAUAGUUGAUCCUGGUCUCUACAUGUCCAAAAAAUCUAAUCUUUUUUGGACCAGUCAACGCCGGUCUGUACCGACAGCUUUCAAGUUGGUUACCGGCUCGGCUUGGGUAGUCCUAACUCGCUCGUUUGUCGAAUAUUGCAUAUGGGGUUGGGAUAGCCUCCCACGAACGGCCCUCAUGUACUACACCAACUUCGUCUCGUCUCCCGAGGGCUAUUUCCACACCGUUAUCUGCAACUCCCCCGAUUUCCGGGCCACGGCCGUGAGCCACGACCUUCACUACAUCUCGUGGGACAACCCUCCCAAGCAGCACCCGAGGACCCUCUCGGUCAAAGACUUUGACCAAAUGGUCAACAGCAGCUCGGCUUUUGCUCGGAAAUUCCGCGCGGAUGACUCGGUUCUCGACAAGAUCGACCGGGAGUUGCUCGGGCGCCAGGCUGGCCGGUUCGCACCGGGUGCUUGGUGUGUGGGAAACGGGCCCGACCCAUGUGAGUCGAGAGGAGAUGACUCGGUUUUGAGGCCGGGCCCUGGGGCCCGGAGGCUGGAGAGGCUCGUUCGGAGGCUGUUGUCUGAGGAUUCGAGGCGUAAGAAGUGCCCGGGUUAGUAGUGUACAUAUAAAUUUGUUCAUCUGAGUAAUAUGUGUACACACAGGCUCUGAAUUUUUGGGUUUUUGUUCUUUUUUGUUUUNUUUUGGUUUAGUUACUUACUACACUGCCUUGCAAAAAACCAAAGUCAAUAUCGGGUUGAAAUUCGACACAAAUUUUUUGUACUAGUGCAGCUUAACGAACAAACGGUCGUAGUUUUUGAAUAAAAAUGCGUACUUUAUACUGACAAAUUAAUGUGAUGUGUUUUGCUUGUUUUUCAUAUUAAGCAUUGCUAAUCAUGAAUCUGUGUUUGAAAUUUUAACGACAGCUCGGGAUUAUUA